UCAAGUCUGAGCAACUCCAGCCUCGCUCUCCCCCUUAUUCUCCAACCUUCUCGUUCUCUUAGGCAGCAAUACCAUGGCUUACGUUACGCUCACCAACAUCACCGUGCUGGAUAACCCCACGGCCUUCACGAAUCCCUUCCAAUUUGAAGUCACUUUCGAGUGCGCGCAACCACUUGAGGCUGAUUUGGAGUGGAAGAUCACGUACGUCGGCAGCGCCGAGGACGAGAGCCGCGACCAGGUGCUGGAGGAGGUGCUGGUGGGCCCGGUGCCUGUAGGCACCAACAAGUUCGUGUUCCAGUCAGACCCGCCGAACCCGGACAUGAUCCCGGACGAGGACAAGGUCGGCGUCACUGUUGCACUCGUCACCUGUUCGUACCGUGGCCGCGAGUUCGUGCGUGUGGGUUACUAUGUCAAUAAUGACUACGCAGACCCGUUCUUACUUGAGAACCCACCCGCUCGCGUGGACGUGAGCAAGCUGCAGCGCAACAUCCUCGCCGAUAAGCCACGUGUCACGCGAUUCCCCAUUGACUGGUCGCCAGCGGGUGCUCAGGAUCCCAACGCUAUGGAGGAUAGCAACAACCAGGCCACUAAUGGCACGGGCUUCGGCGCCAUGCAGACUGGCGCACCUGGUGCUAGCAACGACUUGGACAUGGACUUUGUGGAUGAUGAGGAGCUCGUCAAGGCAGCAGCUCAACUCGACCACAACUACACCGACAUUGUCAUUGAUGGCAACGCUGCUGAAGGCAUGGAAGAGGACAUUGACCUAGAGGACGAUGAAGAUGACGAGGCAGACUCUGUCGAAGAAGCCGAGGAGGAAGACGCCGAUGGAGACAUGGAGAUGGAGGACAUCGAGCAGUAGUAAACGCGUCUUUGAUCUGGUGUCCAGACACGACAUGGCAACAAGACUAGCAGGAUGGAUGAUACUGUAUUUAUAGAGAAAAAAAAAACGAGAUUGAGAAGGGCGAAGCAAGUGGAUACAGAGCAAAGUUGGAUGGGAUGGAACGGAUGAAAAAUGUUUGAGUAUCUUUUCUUUCAAAUGGUGUUAAGUGGUCUAGUCUACUCUGGUAGUUGCGUAGUAUUACUACAUCGAUAGCUCACGUAAGCUUAGCGCAGCUUAAACUCGUGCAGCUGGUUGUAUGAACCGCUGCCGCCAUCGAAGCGAACGUUAAUGUCAAUGUCCAGGUCGCGAGGGUUGGCUGCAUUGGGCUUGCACGUCAGCUCACCCUCAAUGAUCUCGCCAGGGUUACAAGCAAGUUCACCUUCCAGGUAGAACACGGUCUGUUUCCAGUGCGUGUAUUUGGCCUUGGGUCCUGUGGAGAAGCUCAGCUUCUUGUGUGUUGCUGAGAACGUGCAGUCGAAGUAAGCCACCAGCGCAUGGCAGAAAUCCUGACGGAAAGCAGUCAGUUUGAAUGUAGACGAGAAAGCCAGCUCUUCCUUUGUGACCUUGGUCAGGUCAAUGUCCAGAAUCGGGCACACAUCGGUCAAUAGAGCGUCGGUGCCGACCGUGUCGACCAGUGGCUCUACCUUGGCGAUCUCCUUGAUGCAGCUCAUAUCGAAUCCGUACACGUUCUCCCAGAAUUCGAGCUUCUCGGACUUGUACUCGCCGUCCUCAAUGGCACCGAUGUAGAGUGUGGCAUGGUCCGGGAACAUGAGGCCACCAGGCACCAGGUACUUGUCACGGGCGUAGAGUACCGUGUCCAGCAUGGACUCGUAAAGCAGAAAGUAGCCCAUCCACUCCGAGAUGAUGAUAUCAACCUUGUCCACAGGAAGUGUAAGCUCCUCCAUCUUGCCCUGAAUAAGCGUGAUCUUGUCGGCGAAACCGUUAGCCUUGACGAUCUCACGUGCCUGAGUCAAGAUACCCGAGCAGUCGACGCCAUAUACGUGCUUGGCUCCAGCCUUGGCAGCAAACAUCGAGAGAAUGCCGGUGCCACAACCAACGUCCAGGACGACCUUGUCCUUGAAGAGGUGUUUGCUCUGUAGAAUGGCGUUCAUGUACGCCUUGGUACGCACGGUGUCCUUGAGCAUCUCCUCAUGAAUGCCGAAGUGCGAGUACGAGUCGAAGUAGUAGUCCUUGCUCGUCAUCUCCUUGGAGACAGCGCCAUUUGUGGGAGCGGGCGGCGGCGUUGCAGCUGACAUGGUGACAGCAG